UGAGUGACCAAUCAGCGGACAGUCUGGUCGUGGGAGCACAACACACAUCAUCACCAUCAUCAACACACCCGCUAGCUGCUGCUGCUGCUGUUGUUGUUGUUGUUACUGUUGCAACAUCUGUUGAAACUCCUUCAAGAUGUAUAACGAAUUCUUGGAUGAGUAUGACAACUACCCUUUAGAAGAUUCGGAUAACUUUAACUACAGUGUUAGAGGUGAAGGAGAAUAUGGAGAUCGUAGUAACUACCCAACCUAUUCCAUUCCUGAGGAAGUGAAGAAAUAUGUUACUUACUUCAGAGAUGCCAUCCGAGAUGGAAAUGUCUAUGACAUUCCUCCACUCUAUUUGGACUUUAAUCGCUUAACUGAGGAGUACUACAAGACCCAGACCUGGCCUGAAGUGGAGGAUUUGUAUAGCAAUAAGCUGGUGGAACAGGAUGGCAGAGAUGAUAUAUUUCUUAUUCUCUAUCGAGAGUUAUACUAUCGUCACAUAUAUGCCAGGGUGCAGGGAGGGCCCACUAUACCUCAGCGUUUUGAGUCAUACUACAACUACUGUAACCUUUUCAAUUAUAUCCUCAGUGCUGAAACUCCUGUACCAAUGGAACUUCCCAAUCAGUGGUUAUGGGAAAUCAUUGAUGAGUUCAUUUACCAGUUCCAGUCAUUCUCACAGUUUAGAUCUAAACUUGGCAAGAAGAGUGAGUCAGAUAUAGAGAUGCUGAAAGAAUCACCCAAGAUUUGGAAUGUUCACUCUGUUCUCAAUGUCUUGCACUGUUUGGUUGAUAAAUCAAAUAUCAACAGACAACUCGAGGUGUACACAAGUGGUGGGGAUCCUGACAGUGUAGCAGGGGAAUUUGGCCGUCAUCCUCUCUACAAAAUGUUGGGUUACUUCUCUCUCAUUGGUCUCCUUCGGCUUCAUUCUCUUCUCGGGGACUACUAUCAAGCUAUUAAGGUUUUGGAAAACAUAGAAUUAAACAAGAAAUCCAUGUACUCUCGAGUACCUGCCUGUCAAAUUACAACUUAUUAUUAUGUAGGGUUUGCUUACAUGAUGAUGCGUCGCUAUGCUGAUGCUAUUCGCACCUUCUCCAACAUCUUGGUGUACAUCCAACGUACUAAAGCCAUGUUUCAAACCAGAAACUACCAGAAUGAUCAGAUUAAUAAACAGACAGAGCAGAUGUAUACUCUCCUGUCCAUUUGCAUGGUACUUCAUCCUCAGAGGAUUGAUGAGGCUGUGCAGUCUUCACUGAGAGAGAAAACUCUUGCUGCAAAGAUGACCUGUAUGUCGCGUGGUGAUACCCAGGAAUUCACUCAGUGUUUCACUUUUGCCUGCCCAAAGUUUCUAAGUCCUGUACCUCCACCAUUCGACUCUACGCCAGCCAACUAUCCUAAGGAACCUUUGCAGCAACAAUUAAAGGUGUUUUUGGAUGAAGUGCAACAGCAGCAGCAGAUCAGUGUGAUGAGGUCAUACUUAAAGCUUUAUACUACAAUGCCCAUGGAGAAGAUGGCUGCCUUCCAGGAGAUGAGUGAGGAGGAUUUCCGAAAUGCUCUUCUUUGUUUCAAGCACAAAAUGCGCAACAUGGUGUGGACUAAAGGUACCUCUGGCCUGCAAGGAGACUUCCAGAGUGAUUCAGAGGUUGACUUCUUCAUUGAUGGUAAUAUGAUACACAUAGCAGACACAAAAGUUGCACAGAGGUAUGGAGAUUUCUUCAUUCGUCAAAUUCAUAAACUGGAGGAAGUUAAUCGUUCCCUUGCAAAAGUUAAAGUUUAAGAAAUUUUCUUCGAAAAUGUUUUGGAUUUCCAGUCUCCAUGAUUUCAUAAGAAAAAAAGUGCUGUGGAUAUGGAGGCUAUAUUCUUGGAGAUUGUUUUAUAGUACAUAUUGAAAUCUAGGCUUUGUGAAAAGAGGUGUAGUGCACUGAUUUGGUUAAAAUUAAAAAGAGAUUUGUCCAGUUUCCCAAUAAUGGGUGGAUAAAGAUAGAGUAUAGUACUCCAUAUCAGUACAGAAAAAGGGUAUGGAUGGGGUCAUUCAAUAAAGACUCGACUUGCAA